AUGACGACGUACCCGGAGUUGAAGACGGCAAUCCAAUGGAUUUCAUUCGGUUUUUCGAUCUGUUUCAACAGUCUCCUCGUCUAUUUGAUCCUCACGAAAUCGCCGAAAAAAAUGGGAAACUAUCGAUAUCUGAUGAUUUAUUUCUCCUGUUUCGCCAUCUUCUUUUCCAUCAUCGAUGUUAUUGUCGGACCGGUAACCCGCUAAGCCUGUAACUUGUGAAAGCAUAGAGAAGCAUUUCCAUGUGAACCUGUACUAGGGUGAAAAUCGUGGAGGGUUGAUAAGUUUGUAGCAAUGAAUGUGUAGUUCCUUUACAAAUUUCAAGAAUGACUUGGUCAUGAGAAAAGUUUGUGCACACAUCCAAAACCACAAUUAGUUUAGUAAGAAAAAGAAUUGUUUUAUAACCUCCCAGAAACAGAUUUUUUAGUUCGUGCACUCGUACGGCAAGAGUUUCGCAGUGUUGGCGGACAGAAGAGAGUCCAACAUCGCCCCACCCAUACUCUAUUUCCUAGUGUGUAAGUUUACGGCUUCAAUGCGUUCUAAUGACGCCUAGAUGCUCUGGGCUCAGUAGUUCCACAAUUUUCUUCUGAAUUCUACAACAAAUUGAUUCCCAAUGUGAAUUUUGUCUAUAAUUGUCUGUAAUUCCAGGUGUCGUCUGUGGUUGUUACGGAGUCAUUAUCGCAUUUUUCGCCAUCCACUUCCUCUUUCGAUACUUUGCUUUGGAAAGGUCAGUUCAUGUCGAGUUCACAAAAUGCUUCUGAAGCUGUAAUUCUUCCAGAAAAGGCCGUCUGAAAUACUUUCACGGCGGUUGGUUUGCCAUUUGGGUGGCCGUUCCCGUCUUAUUCGGCGCUCUCUGGUCCUUCACAGUCGGAUGGUUUCUGGCGCCAACCGAGGAAUCGACCGAGUAUCUCAAGUGAGGGACCAGGGACACAACAAAUGAGAGUAAACAUGAAUUACAGACAAAGUAUCGAGGAGAGUUAUCAAAUUCCGAUGGAAAAUGUCACUUUUGUGUGUGGGCUCUACUGGAGAACCACUGAGAACGGAAAGGAAGAGAUGGUGGCUAGCAGCGUGUGUGCUGUUGUCAUCUUCGCGGCAAUGAUGGUUAGUAACAUCACAAUAACGACAGAUUCUGCCAAUUUUUAUUGAAACCUUUGUGAAACAGUCGUUCUUCCAGGGCAUCUCGUUCUCUGUCGUCUGUUAUUACGGUUAUCUAAGCUAUCAACGGAUCAGGGCACUGAUGAACGAAGGGGAGUCGUCGUACACGAAGAAUCUGCAGAGGCAGCUGUACAAGGCACUCGUCGCGCAGGUUUGGGCACUUCUUUUGGUACCGGAAUCUCUAAACGUCCUACUUGAUAACUUUUUGAAACAGAUUCGAUUGCAGGCGACAAUCCCGAUAGUUCUGAUGUACCUGCCGAUGAGCAACUACCUGAUCUUUUCUGCGAUCGGAUGGGACAUCUCUUCUUUCAGCCGCCUCCUCACUCUCGUCUAUGCCGCCUAUCCGGCAGUCGACCCGCUUCCCCUCUUCUUCAUUAUCGACAACUACCGCAAUUCUUUGGCAGGUCACAAUCAUUGUUUCAAAGUCUGUUCUGUCCUCAGGUAAUUUUCGGCAAAUUACUGUAAGGGUGCCGAUUCCGUGCUUGCUACGUGCUGAACCCUUGCUACUUCCUAGCUUCAACCGUGCUCCCGUGCCGCUUAAAACCCUUGCUUCCCCCUCCCCCUAUCCCACUUUUUUUCCUGUUGCACGCCCUAUCCAUGCGGAUGCAGUGCCUGAUCCGUGCGUGACACAUGCUCACCCCAUGCUACCGUAGCAACGCCCCACCCUUGCCGAAAACUACCUGAGUCUGUUAGACAGAUCGACUCCAUAUUGACUCUUCUGAAAACUAAUGAACGAGGUGAAACUGGAAUUUCAGUGUCAAUGUGAUAAUUUGAUGAGUUCGCAAUGCUUUAGUCUUUUUUUUUUUAAUUCCAGAUUACUUCUACUGCUGCACGACCAAAAAGAGCCGUAUUUCGAUGGGCGAUGAGGAGAUUUCGCGCGGGAACACAACUGUUUGAAUGCUAUUUUCAAUUUGAAUAUGGACUAGAAAAUUAUGAAUAAAUCUCUUUAUGUACAGAUUUUUCACUGCCUAUUAGACGACUUGGCAUUGCUCUCUGAAUUCGCACUUUGAAUUGAGCGACAAUAGAAACUGUAAUAUAUGAUUUCUUGUCGUUUUUGCGCACUGACUUCUGGUUUUUUCAUCUCGGUCUCGAAACGGAAGAAAAGUGUCCGCUUAGCUAAUUUAACCACACAAAUAUAUCGGAACUCGAGAAUUUCUGUUUUUUUUCAGCAAAAUCAGUUGAAACCAAACACUUUCCGUUUCUAAUAUAGUGUUUGUAGCAGGAAGACAAUCAAGAGUAGUAGGCAAACAAUUUUCUGCCGAAAAUAAUCAUUUGUAACGGGAAAUUCCACAUGAAACUCAAUUUGACCCCGUUUUCAUCAAGAACCCCGCUUUUUCUCUGUUUUCCAUGAGCCGGUAGAGAGCAUCGGAGCGAGAGAGACGCAGAGGAAACAGUUGGUGUCCUCCGGGACGCACUCGUGGCCUCUCUUUUACCUUUAUCCAAUGAUAUAGUCGUACGAGUUUCAUUAUUAAAAUGAACAACUCAUCCCUUCUCCUUAUUUGUGCCCUUUUGGCUACAGUAAUCCCUCUACCCUUCAAAAUAUGCACAGAUGAGAAUCUGAAAGAGUUGCAGCAGUGUCUGGCGGUGAGUUUCCCUACUUUACCAUUGAUUUCUCACAGUUUCCGUGCAGAACCACAAAAUUGUGUUUGCAAAUGAAAAGUACGAGGGAAUGAGUGAGGAAAUGAAGAAAAUGAUGCGGUUCAACCACACUUGCCGCGCCAAUUUGAAGUGUUUCGAGGACUUGGAACACUGCGAUUCGGUGGGAUCCACCUCCGAUCCGAGGACCUGCGACACCAUGGAGUUCCUGAUGGUCCCCGAGUUUAGAAAGUGUUUGAAGGUCCUGGACAGACUGAACGACGACGUGUGCGCCACCAAUUUCAUGCACGUUUACCUGGGGAAGUCCAAAGAUUGGGUAGGAUUCAAAUCGAUGUAUCUCAACUGCCGAUAGAAAUACCAAUAAGUUGUCAACUGAUCAAAUGUGUAAAAUGUCUUUUUGAACAAUUUAUCAGUUGACAACUUUUUGAUAUUUCAACCGGCAGCUGAGAUACACUAUCCUGAUUGCAGUCCGUUUCAGAGAUUCGUGUGCUCGGUUUAUCAAGACGAUUGUAUCUACGACCGAGUUUACGACAAUUGCGAUUCGAGUAUUGUCCGCGGUAUGAGAAAGGUUUUUGAAUCUGAGGGGUCGGACUAAUGGGACCACAUAAGAAUCUUUCAGACUUUCAAGCACUUGGCCUGGUGGAAGAGGUGUACCGACUAUGAGUGA